CCGCCGUGUGCGUCAGUAAGUCAAACAUGUUCCAAUAACGAGCUAUAUUAUCUGCUGCUAUUUGCAGUUUCCUGUAACCAGGCGCCAGACUGAGCUUGAGCAGAAAUCUGCAGCGUUUUUCUUUUUGCUCUUCUGUGAUGGAAACGCUCUCAAAAGGGAUGGCAUCUGCAGGGCUGCGGGCAGAAAACAGGAAUAUAACCUUUACCCUGUACACUAAGAGCACCGUGCCAGAGAAAGCACAUUCAUCAGAACGUCAGCUCUAAGAGGAAUAAGGAUGGCUGGAGGAGCAGGGCGAAACCCAGGGAUGGGAAAUAAAUUAGGGUUAUAUGUUAGGCUGUUGGCAGUGACUGUGAUUCUGGGAGCUGAUCCGGGCUGGCUGGGCCUCAAAGAGCGGGCUGGGGUCAAUGCCCAAAACACUGAGAGAAGGGUAUUGACACAUAUCCCUGGUGACAUCAUUAUAGGAGCUCUGUUCUCCGUCCAUCACCAACCACCUGCAGACAAGGUCCAUGAGAGAAAGUGUGGUGCGGUGCGUGAGCAGUAUGGGAUCCAGAGAGUGGAGGCCAUGAUGCACACUCUGGAUCGAAUCAACGCAGACCCCACUAUCCUCCCCAAUAUCACCCUGGGAUGCGAGAUCAGGGACUCAUGCUGGCACUCUGCGGUGGCGCUGGAGCAGAGUAUUGAGUUUAUUCGGGACACACUAGUGUCUAACGAAGAGGAGGAGAGCCAAGGCAGGUGCACUGCAGAGGCAGGGAGCAUGUUGCUGCAGGCAAAGAAGCCCAUUGUGGGAAUGAUUGGACCAGGAUCCAGCUCCGUGGCCAUCCAGGUGCAAAAUCUCCUUCAGCUCUUCAACAUCCCACAGAUCGCUUAUUCAGCCACCAGCAUGGAUCUCAGUGACAAGAGCCUGUUCAAGUAUUUCAUGAGGGUGGUGCCAUCCGAUAUGCAACAGGCCAAAGCCAUGGUAGACAUUGUUAAGAAAUACAACUGGAGCUACGUGUCCGCAAUACACACAGAAGGUAAUUAUGGUGAGAGUGGUAUGGAAGCAUUUAAAGACAUGGCAGCUAAAGAGGGGAUCUGCAUCGCCCACUCCGAUAAGAUUUACAGCAACGCAGGCGAACAGGGCUUUGAUAAGCUUUUACAGAAACUACGAGCCCAUCUGCCCAAAGCCAGGGUGGUGGCCUGUUUCUGCGAGGGCAUGACGAUCCGUGGAAUACUGAUGGCCAUGAGACGGCAGCGUCUUGUGGGGGAGUUCCUGCUGAUUGGAAGUGACGGCUGGGCAGACCGGUCGGAUGUUACCGAUGGCUACCAGAGGGAGGCAGCUGGUGGUAUCACUAUAAAGUUAAAGUCGGCAUACGUGACCUGGUUCGACGAUUAUUACCUGAACCUGAAGCCGGACGAUAACCUGAGGAACCCCUGGUUCCCCGAGUUCUGGCAGCAUCGCUUCCAGUGCCGGCUGCGGGGCCAUCCGCUGGAGAGCCUCACGUACAACCGCACAUGCACCUGGAGAGAGUCUCUGCGCCAUCAGUAUGUCCAAGACACCAAGAUGGGUUUUGUCAUUAAUGCCAUCUAUUCCAUGGCUCACGGCCUGCACGAAAUGCAGCAAUCCCUCUGUCCAGGAUAUAAGGGUUUAUGUGAGAACAUGCGGCCUAUCGAUGGCCGCAAGCUGCUUGAGUUCCUGAUGAGAACAAACUUUACUGGUGUGUCUGGGGAGACCAUCUACUUUGACCAGAAUGGAGACUCACCUGGCAGGUAUGAAAUAAUGAACUUCAAGGAGACAGGGGAGGAUGAGUUCUCUUAUAUCCAUGUGGGAAGCUGGGAUCAGGGUGGCCUGAAGAUGAACGAUGAGGAAAUCUGGAGUAACACCAGUGAAAUCAUCCAGUCAGUGUGCUCUGAGCCCUGCCAGAAGGCACAGAUCAAGGUGAUCCGCAAAGGAGAGGUGAGCUGCUGUUGGACCUGCACUCCCUGCAAAGAGAACGAGUUUGUGUUUGAUGAGUACACUUGUCGAGCCUGCGUCCUUGGCUUCUGGCCAACAGAUGAUCUCACAGGUUGUGAGCCGAUCCAGGUGCAGUAUGUGCGUUGGGGGGAUCCAGAGCCCAUCGCUGCGGUGGUCUUCUCCUGCCUGGGCCUCUUGGCUACACUUUUUGUUACUUCGGUCUUCAUCAAGUUUUGGGACACUCCGGUGGUGAAGUCAUCCAGUCGUGAGCUCUGCUACAUCAUCCUGGCUGGGAUAUGUCUGGGCUACCUCUGCACGUUCAGCCUCAUCGCCAAGCCCCACAUCAUCUACUGCUACCUCCAGCGGCUGGGCAUCGGCCUGUCCCCCGCCAUGAGCUACUCUGCACUCGUCACCAAGACCAACCGUAUAGCGCGGAUCCUGGCAGGCAGCAAGAAGAAGAUCUGCACCAAGAAACCUCGCUUUAUGUCCGCCUGCGCACAAUUGGUCAUCGCCUUCCUACUCAUACUGCUGCAGCUUGGGAUUAUUGUGGCGCUGCUUAUCAUAGAGCCACCACAGGUGAUCUAUGACUACCCGAGCAUCAGUGAGGUGCAUUUGAUCUGCAAUAUGACCACUCUGGGGGUGGUGGCGCCGCUGGGCUACAACGGCCUGCUUAUCCUGAGCUGCACCUUCUACGCCUUCAAGACUCGUAACGUUCCAGCUAAUUUCAAUGAGGCCAAGUAUAUUGCCUUUACCAUGUACACCACCUGUAUCAUCUGGCUGGCCUUUGUUCCAAUUUACUUCGGCUCCAACUACAAGAUCAUAACCAUGUGCUUCAGUGUCAGCCUCAGUGCCACGGUGGCUCUGUGCUGCAUGUUUGUGCCAAAGGUAUACAUCAUGCUGGCCAAACCUGAGAAAAAUGUCCGGAGUGCUUUCACAACAUCCACAGUGGUGCGCAUGCAUGUCGGUGAUGCCAAGAAAGUUACAAAGACCGGAAAAUCCACUAGCAGCAUGGCCAACUUGUUUCGACGCCGUGGCUCUGCGCAGGACAUCAGUUCCAAUGGAAAAUCUGUAACAUGGGCGCAGAAUGAACGCAGCUACAGACCGAACAUAUGGAAGAGGAUGUCAUUUCAUGUGAAGAAAAAGGAGGCAGUGGAGGUAAACCAGACGGCCAUCAUUAAGCCGUUCUCUAAAGGAGGAGACGCUCCUGCGGACACCGUGGUCAAAGAGCAGUAUGGCGACCAACAUGUGCCUCCACCCUUCACCUGCUCCCCCUCCCAGUCGCCAAGGGGUUUCCAGGGAGGAGAGACGGGGGAGGACGGGGGAGCCUUACCCACCUACAUACCUGAGAACGGAGCAGGGGUCAGAAGAAGAGGAGGGGACAACAGCCAGGAUGUUUGUAUGUUGGACGGGGGGGACAUUAGCGUGAUCGGCGUAGGGGACAUCGGCACAGGGAUGAUUGGAGGCCAAGCUCAAGGCACUUGUAUCAUGGACCAAAUCAGCUGUGUGGUUAACCGUUUCACUGCCAACAUCAGCGAGCUGAACACCAUGAUGCUGCCGGGGGGGGUCACCGCGAGCCCCACGUCUACCCCUGCUGUUCCUACAGAUGCAGAUGCCCCCCCCUGCCCACCUCAGUACCAAACAUCCAGGAGCAUAGAGGCCCCCUCCACUGUCACCACAUAUGCAGAGGUUGCAGCCGUCUCCAAUUUGUGCGAGAGUCGACCAGCAGGGAAGAUUUAUGAGCACCUGGCUGGGACUUGUAGCAGGCGAGCCAAGGAUAUGGAGGAGCUGGUGGCUCUGACGCCCCCCUCCCCGUUUAGAGACUCAUCUCUGAGCUCCAGCGGCAGCUCCACCCCCUCGCUGUCCCCCGCCUCAGAGGCUGAGUACGACCAGCUGCUGCUGAGACACUACAGCCAGAGCUCCUCCUCCCUCUAAACCUGCUCUCUGCACACCAGUAUUUUUUAAAAGACUUUCUUUAGAUGGGACCAGACUCUUGGAUUGCUUUUUCUACACAUGGAUAUUGAGAAAAAAAAACACAUUUUCAGAUGGGAUUCAAAUGCGCACACACAUGCCUCAAUUGAGAGGACUGACAGAAAACACAUCAGUGGCGAGACUACAAAUACAAAAGGAUUAAAUUAAGCAAGUCAGUGCUUCAUCAUUUGUCUUCAAGUGAGUAAAAAACUUGACAAACUAAAAGACACUUACGGGCAUUUUACACCACUUUUAAAUGCUAUGAUAAAUGUCAGAAUUGUUUCAACUUUCCAAAUUCCAAAGAACAUACUGAUAAGCUGAGAAAACAAAUGUGAAAUUGCCUAUUACAUUUUUAUUUCAUUAUAACUUUGUCAUUGAUCCUAAGUUACCAAAUAUUUAUGUUCAGUGUUUCUUUGAUUAUGCCAAAAUGGCUUAUAUACUGAAUUUCAAAUAGACAUCUGAUUUUCUUUUUAGGUAACUACAGGUAUUAUUAGUAACUCUUAAGAUAGUUGUAUUUCAGUUGUAUAUUUUGCAUCACAUAUUAUAAUAAACACAAAAAGCGUGAUUUGUUUUUAUUGCUUACUGUAUCGCUGUUGUACAUGUGAUGUUUUUUUAUAUCUAAUAAUGUGAGAUCUGGUGGAUGCCGAUUGUAUCAGCAUGAUGGCGUCUGUAUAGAAGAUAAAAGAUAACUUUCCUGAAAUGAAAAGGUUAGUUUUCCACGUCUUUUUCCUGACCUCUUGUUUGUUUUCAGUCCUGAAAGACUUAAGCAAGCAUUUUGUAUCCUGAUGCUAGAGGAGAACAUGUACAGAUGCUGCAUGAGGUGAAUCAGAAAGCAGGGGUUUCCAGUGUGGAAAGUUCUCAAUGACCCUCCCUUUUCUUGGAAAGAAAGAAUGAAUCCCCCUCCCAUUUUGAUAGGACAAGAGCUCUUUGUGUCUUAAAAGAGUUAAAAUACCUUGUCUUAAUGGACUCAACGUCAUCAGGUGUCUAACCGACAAAGACAUGGACUACUUGGAUGUGUUUUUGACUCUUUUCUCUAGAAGUGACUUAGCUGAAUGUACAAUAAGUUGUAAUUUGAAGUGGACCAAAACGAUCUUCCUCCUCAGGAUGUGUCUGAACCAAAAUACCUUGACUUUAACUCAUAACUGCCGAAUGAGCACCGUCUUUUGUUGGCUCAGUUUGCAUGAUGUCAGGAUUUGGUUUCCAAUCUUUAAGGUACAUUUGUAAUGCAUUUCUUUUUGAUAUUCUACAUGUUAAACCAAUAAGAUGAAUAUAUACAGUAGCAAAGUAAUGAUACCAUGUGUGGGUGCAUUGAUGUGUUUUUAUCACAUAUAUCAGUUCUAGGAGAAGAGAAGCAAACUGAAAAUGUGCCAGAUUUUUCAGACAUCCAUUACAAAACAGUUGUUUUUUUAACUCUGUAUGUGCGAAUGUCUUUUUGCAGUAAAUUACAUGUUUCUAUGAAUGGGCUCAUGGUGCAGGCAUUAUAAAGAGGAUGUUCUUUUUUAUAAUAUUUUAUAACAUUUAACUAUGUUAUUGAUCAAUUAUUGAACAUUCUUUUUUUAUAUCUGCAUUUUGGACUGUCUGAUGAUAGGGACAAUGUUAAAUAACAGGCUAGCAGAUGUAACUGAUGAUAUAUAUGUCAUAGCUAGCUUAUGCUCAUUUAACAAACAUAUUUCUUCUGUAUGUUUACAGGCAGAAAUGUGUUCAUGUUUUUUCAAAUUUGAAGAAUUUUCUACUGGCUUUAGUUUGUUAAAAUUAUCAUGAGUAAUUCUCAUAUUUGCAUGCAGGUUUGUGCCAAUUUUUGCAGUUGUAUACUACGCUUUAUGCUAAUUAUUCAAUCUAGAGAAGAUGUUUGUCUUAUUUUAUCAUCUGCAUUUCAUAAUUUACAAUCUAAACUAAUGUUGAAUUAAAGGUUUACAACCAAAAUGCAA